UUGAACGUGCUGAGGUGUUGUACACUGCCAGCCAAGUCCACUGUUCAUCGCCAAUUCAUCCUCCACACAAUGGAUACCAAUGAUACAGAUAUAUAUUCCAGCGAAGAAGAGAGAAACCUCAACCUAGGUGGCCAUGUUGGAUUUGACAGUCUUCCUGACCAGUUGGUCAGUAAAUCAGUUAUACAGGGCUUCAGCUUUAACAUCCUAUGUGUAGGAGAAACGGGCAUUGGCAAGUCAACAUUAAUGAACACACUUUUUAACACCACAUUUGAAAAUGAGGAGGCCAGCCACUACCAGAAUGGGGUGUACCUGCGCCCCCGAACGUACAACCUGCAGGAAAGUAACGUCCACCUAAAACUGACGAUUGUGGACACAGUGGGAUUUGGGGACCAGAUCAACAAGGAGGAGAGCUACAAACCUGUUGUAGAUUACAUUGACGCACAGUUUGAAAGCUACCUUCAAGAAGAGCUGAAAAUCAAACGCUGUCUCUUCAACUACCACGAUACAAGAAUCCAUGUCUGCCUAUAUUUCAUAGCUCCCACUGGACACUCACUCAAAUCCCUGGAUUUGGUUACCAUGAAAAAACUGGACAGCAAGGUGAAUGUCAUCCCCAUCAUUGCUAAGGCAGACACGAUCUGCAAGAGCGAGCUGCACAAGUUCAAGAUCAAGAUAAUGAGCGAGCUCGUCAGCAACGGCGUGCAGAUCUACCAGUUCCCCACAGACGACGAGGCGAUCACAGAGAUCAACUCAUCCAUGAACGCCCACCUCCCGUUUGGCAUGGUGGGGAGCACGGAGGAGGUGAAGGUGGGGAAUAAGAGCGUGAGAGCCCGCCAGUACCCCUGGGGGGUCGUACAGGUGGAGAAUGAGAAUCACUGUGACUUUGUGAAGCUGAGGGAGAUGCUGAUCCGGGUGAACAUGGAGGACCUGCGGGAGCAGACGCACACCCGCCAUUACGAGCUGUACCGCCGCUGCAAGCUGGAGGAGAUGGGUUUUAAAGACACAGACCCCGACAAUGAGCCUUUCAGCCUGCAGGAGACAUAUGAGACCAAGAGGAAAGAGUUUCUCUGUGAGCUGCAGCAGAAGGAGGAGGAGAUGAGGCAGAUGUUUGUAACUAAAGUAAAGGAGACAGAAGCGGAGCUGAAGGAGAAGGAAAGAGAGCUGCAUGAGAAAUUUGAGCAGCUGAAACGGAUGCACCAAGAGGAGAAGAGGAAGCUGGAGGAGAAGCGGCGAGAGCUGGAGGAUGAGAUGAAUAUCUUCAACAGAGUGAAGGUGGCCUCAGAGACCUUGCAGGGCCAGUCCUUGUUUGGUUCUUCACAGCAGUCAUUCAGGAAGGACAAGGACAAGAAAAAUUAAUUUAUGGGCACUCCAGAUCAGAUCAGCCAUGGAUCUGCUCUCCAUCACUGUUGGAAUGUGAAACAUUCUUGUUUUGUUUUGUUUUGUUUUGUUUUAAAUUCCCUCUUUACUCUGCAUAAGUGGACCAAAGUCAUGAUAAUCAUGGAUGGUGGACAUUUUUAUACUUUUUUUAAAUCUCAUAGAGGAAAGAAGAGGGGAAAGUAAGACUAUGGACUCUGUCAAAUUUAAACUUUCCAGCGUAUAUUUUUGUCAUCCUGUUCAUGGAGAUACUCCUGUUUUUUAUCACACAGUGUAGUGUUCUUAACAUUCCCUUUAGAUUAUUUACUGUUAAUCUACUAGAUUAGUAUAUUAGCAGAAAAUUGUAGUGUCAGGGGACACAUUACUUUGCCUUUCUCAUCAUAUAUUGGGUGGAACAUGAGCCAGAUUUGGCCCACAUUAUUACAUGUAUUUUAUGAAGGGAUAUAAUGGAUGGGUAUAUUUAUAAAUAUGUUUACACAGUUGCUACUGAAAAAAAUACAAUCUUACAGCUCCACGGUGUGAAAAACAGGAUGCCGUUUUAUAUUAAUCUCACUCAGUUAUGUGUAUAUUCUAAGAAGUUUUCUCUCGGGAAAUAUACAUCAAAUUUUUCAUACACUUAAUUAUACACUAACUAUAACUAUGCAAGCAAUGUCCCAUAUUGCUGUGUGCAGGACUUGUACAGAAACUACAUUGUGUGAAGGUGAGAGAUCCCACAGUUUACAGAGGGUGAAAUGAGUGAAAUGCAGUGUCACUCAUGGGUUUUUGUGUGCCAGUUUUGGAACAGAAGGGGAGAGGGGAGAACCGUUGUAUUUAUUUUCAGUGGAAAUAAAUCAGUGACCUCACUUUGAAAGGCUCACUAUGCAGUUUUUUCUUUGCUCCUGCUUGGGGAUUGGAGUAGGUGUCUGUUAUUCUGUAUUGGUUUUACAGGAAUUUGCGGUAACUGAUUUCUGAGUUCCUUGUUAAAUAAAGGGUGAA